CACACGAGCAUGACGUCAUGCGCUCGGACCAAGCCGUGACCCGCUGCUCCUGCUAAGCUAAGGUGGUUCGUACCAACAGAUGGUCCGCGUCAAACGCUCCGAAAACCCGCUUUCCUAUGAAAUGUGCCGCAUUAAGCGAUAACGGCGCAGUCGUAGGAAGAGCUACCCACCGCGGCAGCAGCGUUUUCAGUGAGCGCCAGUUACUCUCCGGGAACGCAUGUUUGUAUUUUAAGUUUACCGCAGCUAGCUGGCUAGCUCGUCAGCUCACCAAAAGUGAAACAGGAACGAGACUGAAAGCUCCAGGAGUUUGACUUCAGCACAGCCAAAACAAGCAGCAGCUUAUCCCUCCGUCGUCAUCAUGGAGUCCUGAAAUCUUCAGGCUUCGGCGACUCGCCAGGUCGCUUGUGGUUGCUUUGGACCAGAGGCCUCUUCAGCCUACAGCCUGUCCGACCUCCCAGGCUGAGGGAGCGAGCAGAUGGGGAACUGGUGCUGUUGUCGCCAUGAAAGUCCCUGCGGCAGUUUGGAGGAAAGAAGCGGUUUGCUGACCAGUGACUCGAAGGCCACCCAGUUCACAGGCUGUAAAGCUGUGGCUGGCAAUUGCGGUCCUGAAGGAGAUGAUUGCAUGAGGGAUGAGGAGCGGAAGAUGAGUCCUGAGACCGGAGAGCAGGAGCCUAAUAACACUCAGGAAAAUGGACCCUUGAAGCAGGAAGUCAUUCAAAUAGAGAUGCCUCCGCCCUGCAACAUGUCUGAAGAAAACGCCACCGGAGUACAAGAUACAGAGGAAUCUCCUGCUCACAGUCGUCAACUUCCAAUGCAGUGCGCUUUGGGGUCUGUCCAGGAUGAGCACGCCAAGGCGGAUUCUGAGGUUUUAAAAGCACCAGAGAUAGAAGAAAACCCCCCCACGCAAUACAAAAUCCCAGAUGGCACCUCUCUGACACCUGAGGUGGUCUGCUUUGAAAAAACUCCGCAUACUGAGGCAAACACAACAGUAGAGCAAACUGCAGCGAGCACAACUCAUCAUGACAAAGAAGAAAAAGUGACUGUUGAAGCUGCAGCUAAACCAUCAGGGGAGUUUUCUGAAAAUCACCAAGUGUCAUCAGUGUCAAACAUGCUGUUGGCUGCAGCUGCCCCGGCAGCCCAGCUGUCGUCUGUGUCUGUGGGAAAGCAGGAGCCUGAACCUGAGCCUCUGACAUGUGCCGGGACAGAUGAUUCAAACAGCAGAGAGCCCAGUCUCGAAGGCCCAAAAAGCCAUGAUGUCUCUGAGUUGUCUUCUGGAUUGGAGCCCACGGAACUCGACCACAGCGGUGAGGGACAGGACUCUGCCAGCUCAGUGAAGGAGCCAGAAACCACAGCUCCAGCAGACGCCAGAGAGAGGCCAGUGGGUUCAGAGUUUGCAAUAACAAAACAAACAAGCUUGCCGUUAGAUGAAGAUAAAAGGUCAGAUGCGGAGCAUACACCUGCAAUGUCAGAGGAGGUCGUGUCUGUGGAGAAAACCAAGCAGGAACCAAUGUUAGUGCAGGAUAACGAUGAAGAUCUCCCCAAGGUCAAGCGGAACGAUGAAGAGAUAAAAGAGGAGAGGCCAACUGAGGCCGAGACUGAACCUGUGAAAGAUGCUGAAGGCGAGGAGGUUACAGGAAAAAAGGAGCAGCUGGCAGAGAGCGCAACCAAGAAUGUUAUGGCUGACACCACGGAGAAAGAAGACAGUGAAGAAGAUUUGUACAGAGGCGAAGAGGAGCUGUCUGCGUCACAGCCCGAGCUGGAGACAAAACUUUUAAAGGUGGAGGACAGAUGCAGUUUGUCACCAGUGGUGAAUAUUCUGUUGUACAGUGAGAGGGAGUGGAAGGGAAAUACUCUUAAAAGCGCUCUCAUUAAAAAGGGUUAUAAGGAGAUGUCCCAGAGCUUUGCCAGCGUACGAAGAGUCAGGGGGGACAACUACUGUGCCCUCAGAGCCACGCUGUUCCAAGUGUUGUCCCACAGCACCCAGUUGCCUGCGUGGCUGCAGAAUGAGGACGUCAUCAUGCUGCCAAAACAACUGGAGGCUCAGGAUGGGCUGAUAAGUCAGUGGACAUUUCCUGGAGAGUGCCUGCAGAGAGAUGGGACAGGAGAUGCCGUCCAGCAGCUUAAAGGCUACAUGGAGCUUCUCCGUAACACGUGGCAGGCAGCGGUGGACUGUGCCACCGACGCUGAGCGUCAGCAGCUCUGUGAGCGAGUGUUUCAGGGUGGAGAAGAGGAGCUCGGUCUGCUGGAGGCUCUCAAGCUGCUGAUGCUGAGCAGAGCGGCAGAGCUGCACAGCUGCAUGCAGGGCGGUGAAGACGUCCCCCUCUUCUGCUGGCUGCUGUUCGCGCGGGACUCCUCCGACUGUCCACGCUCUUUCCUCUCCAACCACCUCAGCCACGUGGGCCUGACCGCAGGUCUGGAGCAGGUGGAGAUGUUCCUGCUGGGCUACGCCCUGCAGUGUACCAUUCAAGUUUACAGACUGUACAAGGCAGACACAGAGGAGUUUGUCACCUACUACCCGGACGACCAUAGGGACGACUGGGAAUCUGUGUGCCUCGUCACAGAGGAUGAUCGCCACUACAAUGUGCCCGUUGUAGAAGCUGCAGAAACACAAAAGGAGCUCCCCUCCAGCUGAUUGCCACUGCAGAAAAACCUCCUGCCAUACAAACACCCCUCAGGUUGAUCAAGAUUUAUCAAUUAAAGGUAUAGUUUUGGGAAGUGUGCUUAUUAAUUGACAGCCAGCAGUAAGUUUGCUUAGCUUAGUACAAAGAAUGGAAGUAAAGGGUACAAACAUACAACCACCAGCACUUUUGAUUGUUUGUUUUUGUUUGUUUGCUUUUACUUUAAUCCACACAGAAAUCAAUGACACAUGAUUUUCUUCUUCCCUGGACAGAGGCGCCUCGCUAACCUUUCUCUAUUUCCUUUAUUAUCUAUUAACCUGUGCCGAGCAUGGGUCACAUCUGUCUGGACUGUUAGAUGAAAAAGGGAUCACAGAUCUGUUGCUUUAAAUUAUGAGCGAUCUUUAUCACUGUGCACACACUCCACCAGAAGUAGAGGUGAAUGCACGUUAAGAGCCUGGUCUCAGUUUUAAUCCCCAUCAUAAAAAAGCUGUUUAAAUAUCAGCAGGAAAGAGAAACAAGACAAACUCUUCUGUUGUGAUCGCUAGUUGGCUUAAAUUAAGAUACUUCUGAAGGAAAGGUGCUGGUGGGAGGAUGUUCUUACCUUUGGAAUGAGUGGUAACCUGAAACCUGCAGACCUCCACAAGAGACUGAUGAUUUUUGUUUUGGGCCUUUUAUUGGAGAUGUUCCUGGCUAGUCAUCAUUUCUAAAAGGCAAAAUAAUAACUCAGAAAACCUUUAGAAUUGAGCAGACCUUAAAUCAGGGAUGUCAAACUCAUUUUAAGUGGGCCAGACAGAUGAAAAUCUCCUUUGUGUCAGCGUGAAGAAGUUUAACUACACAUUUAAUCUCAAUAUAAGAAGAAGUGCGAUUUCAACACUACGUCUCAAAAGAAAUGCUGCUGCAGCAGACAAAAGAAUUCUGGGAUUUCAUUACAAGAAAUAAAUGUUACAAAUUACAGAAAAGUUCUGGUAGCUCAUUGCCC